AUGCAGCACGAUGAUAUUCACAAAACCAGACCCAUCAAGAAUGAGGACCAGGUUGAAGCCAUGAAGGAGCUGUGGAGUGAGUUGGUGGACUACCAUGACUUCUACCUGCCUGGUGUUACCACCAACAUGUCUGAGGCUAGCCAUUUGUAUGCCAACCAACCAACCUACUGCCUACUGCUGAUCUACCUCCACAAAAUGACCUAG